AUGAACACCACAGUCCUUCCCUGCAAGAUGAUACUACCUCCCAAAAUCUCUGAAAAACCCGCGAAACCCAAAUCCCUUUCCAAAAAUGCCCCUCACAAUACCGCCGGCGACGCCCGCCUGAAGCGUCUCUGCAAUCUCGGCCGCCUACGCGACGCCAUUCUCUCUCUAGAUUCAUGCGACUCCACGGUAAGGCCCAGCACCCUCUCGUACCUAAUCGAGUCCUGCAUCGACUCCAACUCCCUCGACCUCUGCCACGAACUCCACGCCCGCAUCCGGAAGCUGGUCGAUAGACCCGACCCGUUCCUCCAGACCAAGAUGGUCGGUAUGUUCGCGAAAUGCGGCUCCUUGGGCGACGCCUUCGCGGUGUUCGACGUAAUGCGCGAGAGGAACCUGUACGCUUGGUCGGCCAUGAUUGGAGCCUGCUCGAGGGAGAGGAUGUGGGGGGACGUGGUGGGCCUCUUUUACUGGAUGAUGGAGGAGGGCUGUUCCGUACCGGACAAUUUCCUGUUCCCGAAGAUCUUGCAGGCCUGUGGUAAUCGAGGGGAUUCUGAGACGGGCCGAUUGAUACACGGGAUGGCGGUCAAACGAGGUAUAAGCGACGAUCUUCGCGUGAACAACUCGAUUCUUGCUGUGUACGCCAAAUGUGGGCAGUUAUCCCGUGCGAAAAGAUUUUUCGAGAACAUGGAGGUGAAAGACAAGGUUUCAUGGAAUUCGAUAAUCUCGGGGUUUUGCCUAGCUGGCAGGAUAGACGAGGCUCGGAAAUUGCUCGAUUCCAUGCGGGAUGAGGGUCUUGGGCCGGAUGUGAUCACAUGGAAUCUGCUGAUCACGAGCUGUAAUCAUCUGGGUAAAUGCGACUUGGCUUUGAGGUUCAUGAACGAGAUGGAGAAAUUAAACACAAGGCCAGAUGUGUACACUUGGACGAGUAUGAUCUCGGGUUUGGCACAGAAUAACAGAACAUAUGAGGCUUUAAAGUUGUUCGUGGAGAUGCUCAUUGCUGGGUUUCGGCCGAAUAGUGUUACGGUCAUGAAUGCUUUGUCGGCUUGUGCCUCGGGUAAAGAUGUUAGGAGAGGGAAUGAGGUUCAUUCGGUUGCUGUUAAAUUGGGUUAUGGAGAGGACAUGCUCGUCGGGAAUUCUCUUAUCGAUAUGUACUCAAAGAGCGGGAAACUUGAUUCUGCUAAAUGGGUUUUUGAUGUAAUGUCGGAAAAAGACAUGUACACUUGGAACUCUAUGAUAGACGGCUAUUGCAAGGCUGGCUACUGUGGGAUCGCGCACGAUCUCUUCAAGCAAAUGCAGAAAUCGGGUUUUUUGCCGAACGUGGUCACUUGGAAUGUUAUGAUAACAGGGUAUAUUAAAAACGGGGACGAGGAUCGAGCCAUGGAUCUUUUUUAUGAAAUGGAGGAAAGCGGGGGCAUCAAGCGGGACACAGCUUCUUGGAAUGCGCUCAUUGCCGGCUAUGUGGAUAUUGGAGAAAAAGAUAAAGCUUUGAGAAUUCUGCGAAAAAUGCAAUAUUGUGGGGUGAAACCUAAUUAUAUUACCAUUUUGAGCAUUCUACCGGCGUGUGCAAAUCUGGUCGGUCUAAAAAAGCUGAAGGAGAUCCACUGUUGUGCCGUGCGCGGCAUUUUUGAGUACGAGCUUUCGGUCGCGAAUGCCCUAAUAGACACGUAUGCAAAAGCCGGGAAUAUAAAAUAUUCGAAAGCUGUAUUUUAUGGAAUGCCACUUAUAGAUAUCAUUACAUGGAAUGCUAUGAUAACCGGAUUUGUUCUGCACGGAUGUUAUAACGAGGCAAUCGAGCUCUUUGAACGCAUGAGGACAAUGGAGUACAAACCCACCAGAAGUACUUUUGUUUCUGUGCUUUCGGCUUAUGGUCUGGCUAAGAGGGUAGAUGAAGGGAGACGCGUUUUUUCUUGCAUGAGUGAAGAGCUUGAGAUCGUGCCAUGUAUGGACCAUUAUGUUUCCAUGGUGAAUCUUUAUGGCCGUUCAGGGAAAAUUGACAAGGCAUUUGAUUUUGUUGGAAGUAUGCAAAUUGAACCUGAUGCCUCUAUCUGGUCUGCAUUGUUAAAUGUGUCUCUUAGGCAUGAAGAGGUACAACUGGCUGUAUGUGCAGCAGAAAAGUUGCUUGAACUAGAGCCGGAUAAUGGCUUUGUUAGGACUUUGGUUUUACGGCUAUAUGAUUUACAUGGUAUCUCGAGGGAUGAUUUGAAAGUAAAAAGAGCCGGAGUAAAUAUUAGUAAAAAUACUCCAAAAAUUGUUGGGAGCAGUUGGGUUGAGGAUAAAAACGCCAUUCAUACCUUUGUUAGUAGUGAUCCUGGCCGAAUGGCGGCAGGUUACGAAAAUUUGCUUUCUUGGAUAGAGAAGGUGGAGUUAAAUAUGAAAGAGUUGAAGUACAGAGAUGUUAUUAGGGUUCUUGAUGAAGAACAUGAAGAGAUUGCAGGAAUUCACAGCGAAAAACUGGCACUGGCUUUUGCUCUCGUCAAGUGUCCCCCUCGAGAAUUUCGAACUUCAGCAACUGGCUAUGGAGGCCGACGGAACAACUUCAACCUCGACAUCGUCCGCGAAUUUAAUUUGACGUGGCAGUUUGUUCUCGUGAGUUAG